AAAAACUUCAAAAAUAAAAGUAUCUUAAAUUUUUGCGGUCCACUUUACAUUAGAAAAUUUUUAACUUUGUUCAUCAUCAUAUUCCCGUUAAACGCCGCCGAAUGAAUAUUCUAAACAUUUUUGUUUUCAAAACUUUGAUAUAAUAAAAUUUUUUAUUCUAAAUAGUACAACACCAGGUGUUGAUGUAUCAUCAGCAAAUGAAUAUGUAAUGUAUUAUAUUUAUUUGGCAUUUACAAAUUGUUUACAUCUUUUACGUCCACAACGUGUACCUGGUUUUGCAUUUGCAUGGCUUGAAAUAGUUGCACAUCGAACAUUUAUGUCACGUUUACUUUUAUCAGCUGGUCGUUUUACACGUCAAACACAUAAUAUGUAUGCAUUAUUACUUGUUGAUGCUUUACGUUUAGUAACACCAUUUAUACGUUCGGGUGAACAUGCACAAUCAUUUCAAGUUUAUUUUAAAGGUAUAUUAAAAACAUUUAUGUUAUUAUUACAUGAUUUUCCAGAAUUUUUAUGUGAACAUUAUUAUCAAUUUUGUGAUGCAUUACCAUUAAUAGCACAUCAAUUACGUAAUAUUGUUUUAUCAGCAUUUCCAAAACAUAUGCGUUGUCCAGAUCCAUUUUUGGUUAAUUUUAAAGUUGAUAUGCUUAAUGAUAUAUCAAUUGUACCGGUGAUAGCUUAUAAUUUUUCUCAAAAUAUUCAACCACCUAAAUUUAAACAAAAUCUUGAUUCAUAUUUACGUACACGUGCACCAGUUACAUUUUUAUCUGAAUUACGUUCAUAUUUACAACAAGGUGCUGAUCCUGGUUCACAUUAUAAUAUAAGAAUGUUAAAUGCACUUGUUUUAUAUGUUGCAACACAAGCAUUAUCAACAUUAAAUAAUAAAACAAAUGGUCAACCAUUAAUGUCAUCAAUAACACAUUCAGCACAUAUGGAUAUAUUUCAAAAUUUAGCUGUUGAUUUAGAUACUGAAGGACGUUAUAUAUUUUUAAAUGCAAUGGCAAAUCAUUUAAGAUAUCCAAAUACGCAUACACAUUAUUUUAGUUAUACACUUUUAUAUUUAUUUGCUGAAGCUAAUUCAGAAGCUUUACAAGAACAAAUUGUUCGAGUUUUACUUGAAAGACUUGUUGCUAAUCGUCCACAUCCAUGGGGUUUAUUAAUAACAUUUCUCGAACUUGUACGAAAUCCUAAUUUAAAAUUAUGGUCACGAGAAUUUAUGAGUAUUUCACCAGAUGUUAAACGUUUAUUAACAACACUUACACGUGGUUUUCCUCAUAUUCCAAAUGCUCCAAUAGGUACUCAACAACAACAACAAGCUGCCAUUGUUAAACCCUAGUUAUUUAUUAAUUCAUCAUAUCGAUUUAUUCAUUGUGUUCGUUAUUAUUCAACAAAUCAUCAAUUAAAAUGGUCAUCAUCACGUGUUCGUCAAACAUUUAUCGAUUAUUUUACAAAACAUUCUCAAAUUUCUCAUGUAGUUAUUCCAUCAUCAUCAGUUAUUCCACCAAAAGAUUCUGGAACAUAUUUUGUAAACAGUGGAAUGAAUCAAUUCAACAAUAUAUUUCUUUCACAACAAGAUAAAAUUAUACAACAAUGUGUUGUUAAUUAUCAAAAAUGUAUACGUGUUGGUGGAAAACAUAAUGAUUUAUCUGAUGUUGGUCAUGAUACAUAUCAUCAUACAUUUUUUGAAAUGCUUGGAAAUUGGUCAUUUAAUAAUACAUAUUUUAAACGUCAAGCAUGUACAAUGGCUUAUGAUUUAUUAACAAAUAUUUAUGGUAUUGAUAAAAAUCGAUUAUUUUCUCCAUUAAAAUAUGUAAAAAAUAAUCGAUUUUUAUCA